CUCGAAGACAAAGUGGGAGGUAAUGUAAACCAAACACUCGGGUUCUUCAUAUUUUAUCGAGUGGAGCGCAUGGACCCUGGCUUAACACACACUGUGUGACGCUGUCCUCGAUGCUGCACACGCUGAGACAGGAGGCUGUGGCUGCUGCCUUACUCCAUUUGAAUACAUCGCACAAAAUACUGAUAGCUGCGAUUGUGAUAGUUUAAACCAAACAGAGAGAGAGAUACGUAACGGGAGCCGCAUUUUCGUGCGCAGUGACCGGUGUAGGCAGUGCGUUGGAGAUGGAGCGAUGGACAGGCAGAGUGGCCCUGGUGACCGGAGCCUCGGUGGGGAUUGGUGCGGCUGUAGCCCGGGCACUGGUCCAGCAAGGCAUGAGGGUUGUCGGCUGUGCCAGGAAUGUCGACAAAAUAGAGAAGCUGGCAGCAGAAUGUCAGAGUGCAGGCUACAGUGGCACAUUGAUCCCUUACAAGUGUGAUCUGUCCAAUGAGGAGGAGAUCCUCUCCAUGUUUUCAGCAAUCAAAACACUGCACAAGGGCGUGGACGUUUGCAUCAACAAUGCUGGACUGGCCCAGAAUGAGCCCCUGCUCAGUGGAAAGACUGAGGGCUGGAGGAACAUGAUCGACGUCAAUGUGUUAGCUUUGUCUAUCUGCACCCGUGAAGCAUACAAAUCAAUGAAAGAGAGGAAUGUGGACGAUGGCCACAUCAUCAAUAUUAACAGUAUGAGUGGGCACAGAGUAGCUCCAAGUCCUGAACUGCAUUUCUACGCUGCCACUAAAUAUGCUGUAACUGCUCUGACUGAGGGGAUACGACAAGAGCUCCGAGCAGCAAACACUCACAUCAGAGCCACGUGUAUAUCUCCUGGAAUAGUGGAGACUGAUUUUGCUUUUAGGCUCCACAACAGUGAUCCAGAGAAAGCAGCUGCAGUGUAUGAGAAUAUGAAAUGUUUGAAAGCAGAAGAUAUAGCCACUGCAGUCACAUUUGUCCUCAGUGCCCCUCCUCAUGUCCAGAUUGGAGAUGUGCAGAUGAGGCCAGUAGAGCAGGCCUCAUAGCAGUGAGCCAGAUCCAAGGAGCAGCCACGGUGACUCCUUAGCAACCUCUGCUGGGCAAAAGGGGUGGGGUGGGGAAUCAAACAAAUCAAUUACAGCUUUGUUGGAUUUGCAGGGAGGUGAUCAAGGAGGGAUAAGAGCCUUAAGGAGGCUGUAAAAGAAGCGCAUGGAGUUUUGGAAUCACUACUGAAUGCAACAACCUGGUAUUUGUGAAUUGUUGAGCUCAGUCCUGAAUUGGGCUGACCCCAAACUAUGGUAGGAACAAAUAACAAAGGAGACAGUUGCUGCUGUGCUACAUGGUCAUCUGCAUGACCAUCAGAUGUAAGGGUAUGCCACUGAUUGCACUUUUUUUGGGGGGGGGUUGUUUUUUUUUUGUUGUUGUUUUUGUAGGUCAAGUAUUUUACCUUAUGGUCAGAGAUUACAGUAACUAACCAGAGACAGUACUAUGUCACACUCACUAUAACUAGCUAUCAACAGUCUGUUCAUCUUGUUUUCACACUUUGUUACCCUUGUUUGGAUCUAUUCAGUUUUUGAGCCCAUAUAAAGAGUUGGGAAAAGCAUAAAAGAGAUCUGCCUUUGUUAAGCCCACAAGUUUCUACAGUCCAUCUUUUUGCCUGUGUAAUUAUGGUUCUGCACUUUGGAUUAAUUUGUCAGUAGUUUAAAAAAAAAAAGAAAACAUCAGCAACUUAUGUUGGGGAGGAAACUAACUUGGUGCACAAGUAUCCCUUAGAAAUGUGUACCUUUUAGUGUAAACUUCUCAUUAAAUGAAAACAUUUGCCCCGAUCUAAGUUACAUUUUGUGUUGUGUUCACCAGAAUCGCUGUUCACAUCAGUUUGCCAUCAAAGAAAUAACAUUACAGAGCUGCAUGACCCAUGUCCUCAAAUGUUAACCACAAGAUUUUUUUUUCAGCAGCGCCCUGUUGCAUUUAAACCCAAUAAAUGAGUUGGCCACUA